AGUGCUUGGAGAUCGCUCUGCCUGCUGCUGAACCAACCCCCAGGGUGGAGAACUGACAGGUGGUGAAGCAGUGCUUGGGCUGGUUUGGGGCCUCAGUUCAAGUUGCAUACAUGCUGAGACGGCAGCUAGAACCAGAAGCCGAAAGAACUGUUCACAUGGAGAUGUUUAUUUUCUGGCCUGAGGUUGCCGAGACAAUUGGCGAGCUGUCUUAAAUAUAUCUCUAUCAAUUAAAACAGCAGCUGAGAUAAAUAAUGCACCUUUGCCGGAACUGCCACAGGGACUGCAGGCUCAGGCUUCUCAAGGCAGCUCACCGUCCGGCUGAGCGAGAUGUCAGCCCAAGGAAGGAACUUAGAUGCCUUGGAGAUUGAUGCCUCAGUUAUUUUCUCCAGAGAAGGUGCGGGGUCUGGGCUAGGGGAACGGAAAGGACUCCGUUGCAUUUAAUAAAGCCUGUAUCCUAUGGCAGCAGCCACUAAGGAGCUCACCAGAAUAAGCCAAUGACAUUCCUCAUUUGGCCUGAGCGGCUCAGAGUCAGGAAGUCAGAGCGCAGAAAAUCCAGCAGCUGUCAGAGGGCUCCAUGUUUGGCCACGGUCUGAAGCACCUGUUCCACAGCCGCCGUCGGUCUCGGGAAAGGGAGCACCAGACGUCUCAGGAUUCCCAGCAGCAGCAGCAGCAGCAGCAGGGUAUGUCCGACCAUGACUCCCCAGAUGAGAAGGAACGCUCUCCGGAGAUGCACCGCGUCUCCUACGCCAUGUCCCUGCACGAUCUGCCUGCCCGGCCCACUGCCUUCAACCGUGUGCUGCAGCAGAUCCGGUCCCGGCCCUCCAUCAAGCGGGGCGCCAGCCUGCACAGCAGCAGUGGGGGCGGCAGCAGCGGGAGCAGCAGCCGGCGCACCAAGAGUAGCUCCCUGGAGCCCCAGCGUGGCAGCCCUCACCUGCUGCGGAAGGCCCCCCAGGACAGCAGCCUGGCCGCCAUCCUGCACCAGCACCAGUGCCGUCCCCGCUCUUCCUCCACCACCGACACUGCUCUGCUGCUGGCCGAUGGUAGCAACGUGUACCUCCUGGCUGAGGAGGCCGAAGGCAUCGGGGACAAGGUCGACAAGGGAGACUUGGUGGCCCUGAGCCUCCCCGCCGGCCAUGGUGACACUGACGGCCCCAUCAGCCUGGAUGUGCCCGACGGGGCACCGGACCCCCAGCGGACCAAGGCCGCCAUUGACCACCUGCACCAGAAGAUCCUGAAGAUCACCGAGCAGAUCAAGAUCGAGCAGGAGGCUCGCGACGACAACGUGGCAGAGUACCUGAAACUGGCCAACAACGCAGACAAGCAGCAGGUGUCGCGCAUCAAGCAGGUGUUCGAGAAGAAGAACCAGAAGUCAGCCCAGACCAUCGCCCAGCUGCACAAGAAGCUGGAGCACUACCGCCGGCGCCUGAAGGAGAUUGAGCAGAACGGGCCCUCGCGGCAGCCCAAGGACGUGCUGCGGGACAUGCAGCAGGGGCUGAAGGACGUGGGCGCCAACGUGCGUGCAGGCAUCAGUGGCUUUGGGGGUGGCGUGGUGGAGGGCGUCAAGGGCAGCCUCUCCGGUCUCUCACAGGCCACCCACACCGCCGUGGUAUCCAAGCCCCGGGAGUUUGCCAGCCUCAUCCGCAACAAGUUUGGCAGUGCUGACAACAUCGCUCACCUGAAGGACCCCCUGGAAGAUGGGCCUCCCGAGGAGGCAGCCCGGGCACUGAGCGGCAGUGCCACACUCGUCUCCAGCCCCAAGUAUGGCAGCGAUGACGAGUGCUCCAGUGCCAGCGCCAGCUCAGCCGGGGCAGGCAGCAACUCGGGGGCUGGGCCCAGCGGAGCACUGGGGAGCCCUAAGUCCAGUGCACUGUAUGGUGCUGCUGGAAACCUGGAUGCUCUGCUGGAAGAGCUACGGGAGAUCAAGGAGGGACAGUCUCACCUGGAGGACUCCAUGGAAGACCUGAAGACUCAGCUGCAGAGGGACUACACCUACAUGACCCAGUGCCUGCAGGAGGAGCGCUACAGGUAUGAGCGGCUGGAGGAGCAGCUCAACGACCUGACUGAGCUUCACCAGAAUGAGAUGACGAACCUGAAGCAGGAGUUGGCCAGUAUGGAGGAGAAGGUGGCCUACCAGUCCUAUGAGAGGGCGCGGGACAUCCAGGAGGCCGUGGAGUCCUGCCUGACCCGGGUCACUAAGCUGGAGCUGCAACAGCAACAGCAGCAGGUGGUGCAGCUGGAGGGCGUGGAGAACGCCAACGCGCGGGCGCUGCUGGGCAAGUUCAUCAACGUGAUCCUGGCGCUCAUGGCCGUGCUGCUGGUGUUCGUGUCCACCGUCGCCAACUUCAUCACGCCCCUCAUGAAGACACGCCUGCGCAUCACCAGCACUGCCCUCCUGGUCCUUGUCCUGUUCCUCCUCUGGAAGCACUGGGACUCCCUCACCUACCUCCUGGAGCACGUGUUGCUGCCCAGCUGAGUGGCCAGCCAUGCCGACCCUGUGCUCUCCGGCCCCCAGCUGGCCACUCUGCUCCAGGAGGGACCCUUGGACUUCUUCAUGUGUCCAGUUUGGCCUCCUGCCCAAACUGUCCAUUCCAGCAGCUCCUGCCCCCUUCUCUGUACUUGCUUCUGUCUGACACCUUCUCCCUGUUGGCCUGAAGGGAGCUUAGAAUGCAGCCCUGGCUGGAUGUAGUGGGGGCACCUGUGGCCAAGUGGAGCAGAGGUGGACACGGGAUUGGAUUGUUUUGACUUCUCCCAGCUGACCCUCAGGAUGCCCCGGGUCAGGAAGGCCAUUAAGAAUAAGAGGAGAGGGCUCUGCCUCAACUUUCCUAGGAAAGAGCCCACCUCAGAGAUAGCUACGGUUUCCUCUGGUGGAGAUGGUGAGGAUGAAGGCUGGAGAGUGAGGGAGGAGGCUCUGCUGGCCUCAGAGAACACAGGGAUGGGAGGGUCCCUAGCCUUCGGGCACCUCUAGGGCCAGAGAGCAGGCUCAGAGCAGCUAGUGUGGAGCUCAGCAUCCCCCACCCCACCCCUCCUCCCUGUAGAGCUGAUUUGUGGCCUCCUUCUGGGGCUGGGCUCUGCAGGCCAGGUGGGUGUGGCUUGUGUUUUCCCUGCUGUCCUUUCUGCCUGUACUGGAUCUGCUAUUUUCAGGGAAACAGGCCCCAGGGCCCCCCUGAGCCUCACCCUAAGCCCUUAGGCCUCUGGGAGUGCUGUUGGGUUCUAUUUAUUUAUUUAUUUAUUUGUUCUUUUGUUCCCUACCCAUGCUCCCAGCGUCUUCCCUGCUGAGCACCGGGAGAGGUCCUACCCCGUCCUCUCUCUGAGGCCAGGGCCCUUCCAUUCCAUUUAGCCUCUGGAUCAUCCUGGCUGGGAGAAGUGGGACGGAGCCACCCAGCCCUUCUCUCCCCAAGCAGCCCUACAGCCGGGAUGGGAGGCGCGUGGCCUCUCUUAUCUGUCUAUUUAUUUUGUAAGUGUGUAUUCAUGUGGAGGAGGUCGUUGCUUUAUUUUUUUAAGGCUCUGGAGUGUUGUGUAUGGUUUCUUUUCACAUCCCAGCCUCCCAUGGGCACUUCCAAGAAGAGAGGGGAUUUCUUGGAAAAGGAGAGAGGAAUCCCCUAGAGCAGGGAAAGCAGUGCCUGCCAGCUGUUGUGCACCUUCCUGAGAAAUAAAUAUCCUCUAAAUUUUCAAACCA